CCGCGGGUUGGGUGACGCGUUUCGCCCGGCGCUUUCCCUCGUGUGUCACCCCUGUGAGCGUCAGCCAUGCCGCGGAAACUGCUCAAGUUCCUGAUUCUUUUCGACAACCCGACGCUGCUCUAUUUCCCGGGACAGUUUGUCAGCGGUCGUGUGCUCGUCGAGCUCGAAGAUGAGACCGCCGUUCAAGGUGUCUUUUUCCACGUGGUUGGAGAAGGAACGGUCAAAGUUAGCGACCGGCAAAACCAGCGACACAUCGACAAAGAAAACUACAUCGACUUCAAGAUGAGGCUUUUAGGAGAGCCAGGUCAAGCUCCAGUGCUUCUCUCUGCCGGCAUCCACAGCUUCCCGUUCAAGCUGGGCCUGCCGCUGGGUCUGCCGUCUACCUUCCUCGGAAAGCACGGCUGGGUGCAGUUCUUCUGCAAGGCGGCCAUCAAAGAGAACGGCGGACUGGUGCACAAGAACCAGCAGGUGUUUAUCGUCAUGAACCCGAUCGACCUCAACGUCGAGCCGCCCGUCCUUGCGCAACCGUUUCACUGCGAGAUUGAACAUAAGCUGGGCCUCACGUGUAUGACGUCAGGCCCCGUGCAGUGCCGCGUACGACUGGACCGUGGCGGCUACGUGCCUGGCGAAACCAUCGGAGUCUGGGCAACCAUCGACAACCAGAGCAGGGUCACCAUAAAAAAGACGGCCGCCUGUCUCAGUGAGACCAUCCACUACCUGUCACGGAGUAAGGUGGUAAACACGGAGCGACGAGAGCUGGUGCGGAUAACACGCGGCAAGAUCCGACCCGGCGAGGUGGACGACUGGAAGAACGAGCAGCUCUUCAUCCCGCCGCUACCGCCGACCAACCUGCGCGGCUGCCACCUCAUUAAGAUCCAGUAUGAUGUCUUU